GAACUGAAUUAAUAGAAAAUGUCUCAUAUGAAGAAAGAGACUUAUUUGUUGAUGGCAAUAUAUUUGAAAAUGUAGUUCAUGAUGAAAUGUUCACAACAAAUGCCAGUAAAGGAUGGACUGUAACGAAAAAUAUGUGUACUUACAGUAAUCAGUACUGUGACAGUAGGUUUGCCAGUAGAGAAAGUGUGCUUGAAACAAACUGUGAUGAACAGAGCGUACAAAAUAUCUCACACCUUGAUUGUAAUGAACUGCAAAUGGUCUCAAAUAGAAUGUAUGAAGGUGGUUUUGGUCCUCCGUCAGUGGCUGCAGACUUUAAAUUAACAAAUUGCGGAGAUGAAGUAGUAUGUGGUAUGGGCGCGGUAAGAAGUCGUAACUCCAGUACUGAGACAUUAAACAAGGCUGAUUCAGUAAGCAGUGUAAUGCAAGAAACACACACAUGCAUUGCGAAUAUUAAUGAAAAACCACUGCAAAGUGAUCUUAAAGAUGUGACCAAGGGAGGCGAUCUUAGUUCAUAUUCAAAUAAACAAAUUGAACUUUCAUCAAGCAGCUGUAAUACAGUUUUAAUAUUGCAAGACAGAAGUUCUUUGAACCAAAAUUUUGGAAAGACUGAUUCAGAUAAGCAGGUGUGUUCAACGGGCAAUUUAGUUUCAGAUCUUACAAAUGUCACAAGAAUUCCUCAGCCAGCUUCGGAUGAGGACAUGUGGGAAGCUGCUGAUUUAGCAAUGGAAAAGUGGAGUAAAGGUCAAGUGAAGGCACCAAAUGGAAAUGUGUUGCAGGGUUCUUCAGUAUUGCUACGAAAAGCAGCUACCACUCAAAAGUCGGCUGAAAUUCUCAACUCUUCAUACCAUAGUGUGAGCAGUCAAAUGGGCUGUAAGGAGCAAAGUGCCUUCACUAAGUUUGCAAGGCACGAACGUCCCAAAGUCUUACAGGAGUUCCCUGGUAUUGCAUUCACCAAAGUUUCUGAGAUCCUUGUGGAGCGAUGGCGGUCACUUUCAGCUGAAGAACGCAUCAUGUAUGAGAAGCUGGCAAAAGAAACGUGUAACAAAGGCAAGGGUAAUGCUGGCAGUAUUAGUGGAACACUGGCGAGCAGUAUCAAGGGGUUCAUGAGUAAAGGUGUGUCACCUAAAAAUGUUACUAAGAAGAUUUGGCAAAGACCGUACAGAAAAGAGGUGGCUCUGGAUGUAUCAUUAAUGAAAAUAAAGGAAAGUGGCAUUCCAGUACAUACGGUCUUAGGUGGGACAGUUCCUAUUCUAAUAGGGCAACUUCAUCCGAGUGGGACUUGGUUGUACAAGAAAGAGAAUGAACUAGGUGUAGUGCGACACUGGGGCUUGCAAGAAACAGUUGUCUAUCAUAGAUUAAUGCUGGAUCACAGCCUUCCUCUGAAGAAGCUGGACUCUGCCAUCCCUAUUGUUGAGAGCACUCUGGGUCCAGAAUUGUGGAAAAUUUUGCUGUCAUUAAGCAAAACAUAUGAUGUAAUUAAAAGUGUGGUCAUUAUCUCCUGUGAUGUCAUCUCAAAAAAUGGUUUUAGAAUUGAGUUAAAUGAAGGAUCAGGAAGACCAUCUUGCAUGCUGACAGAAAUAGCAAGUACCAUCAGUUUUUAUGGAAUAAAUGACUUGAAGGAUGUGUUGGAGUUGAUCAAGAAAAAUGGCUUCAGUUCUUUGGAGAAGUGCAGGUCACAGAGGGUGAUUUGUUAUAUCAGGGAUGAGACUGUUCGCAUAGUGCGGCAGUGCCCUAGAAUUAUGGAGAGGGACACAUUGCAAGAUCUUAUCCGCUACUGGCAUUCAAACCUCGCCCAUUUAGGAACAACUUGUCUGCAUAGGAAACCAUUCUUUUUUAUACUGAGAGACUUAUCAGCAGCAGAAUUAGAGAAACAGGAGUAUUAAAUUGUUGGAUGGUUAUAUGCUAAAUGAAGUUCAUGGAGCAUAGUCCUUCUUGAGAAGGUAAUAGUCUCUUGAGCAGUCAAAUUCCUCACUUGUUAUGGAACUGAAAGGUUCAAUGCCAUGUACACAAGAUCUCAUCUCUCUGGGUCCUGUCCUACCAAAUGUCUAUAAAUAGAUGAAGCAACCACCAAAAGAGGCGGCCAAGACAAACACUGGGUUGUAGAAAUGCAGAUGAUUUUUCAAGCGAUAUAUUUACAGAUUGGGCUUUUCUAGGAAUGCAGAUGAGGAAAAUAUAAAUGGUAAUAUUUAGGAGUAUCCUUCAUUGUAAUAAAAAAUAAUCCUUCACUUUUUGGGGAAAUAUGGAUGAUGGUUUUGGAUUGUUUCAUGUUCAAUGAACAAAUAUGUAAGCAGAACAGACCAUGUUCCUUCUGGUAUUUUUUAAUAUUUCUGAAGUAGUUUGCUUUGUACAAGUACACACAUUAUGCAUCACCUUUACAAGUAAAAGUGUUUGCACUACACAUAACAGAUUGUCUUUUGAUUAUAGAGUCUCUUUACUGUAGCUCAUGCCUUAUCUGUUAUUUUAAGUUGAUGUCUGUAUUACGUGAUCAUUUAUCUUUUUCUAUGAAGUACAAAAUUACAAAGGUAAAAUAAAGUCAUGAAUGCCA